CCCGACCCGACCCGAGGAGGCAGGUGGCUUUCUAGAAGAUGACCAUAGAGGACCUUCCAGAUUUUCCAUUAGAAGGACAGUCUUUGAUUGGAAGAUACCCGUUUUUAUUUCCAGGAUCAGAAACACCAGUUAUCUUUUCCAUUUCUGCAGCGCCAAUGCCUUCGGACUGCGAAUUUUCUUUCUUUGAUCCAAAUGAUACGUCAUGCCAGGAAAUUCUCUUUGACCCCCAGACUUCUGUAUCAGAAUUAUUUGCCAUUUUAAGGCAGUGGGUCCCACAGGUCCAGCAAAACAUCGACAUCAUUGGAAAUGAGAUUCUGAAGAGAGGCUGCAAUGUGAAUGACAGAGAUGGAUUGACAGACAUGACGCUCUUACACUACACGUGCAAGUCGGGGGCUCAUGGGAUCGGUGAUGUGGACACUGCUGUCAAGUUUGCCACUCAGCUGAUUGAGCUGGGAGCAGAUGUCAGUUUGCGGAGCCGCUGGACCAAUAUGAAUGCUUUGCACUAUGCUGCUUAUUUUGAUGUUCCUGAGCUUAUCAGAGUGAUUUUGAAGACAUCGAAACCCAAAGAUGUGGAUGCCACUUGCAGCGACUUUAAUUUUGGAACUGCACUGCAUAUCGCUGCGUCUAAUUUGUGUGCAGGAACUGUGAAAUGCUUAUUGGAGCACGGGGCAAAUCCUGCGUUUCGGAAUGACAAAGGGCAGAUCCCCGCCGAUGUGGUCCCUGACCCCGUGGAGAUGCCCUUGGAGAUGGCCGAUGCUGCCGCCACUGCCAAGGAGAUCAGGCAGAUGCUGUGUGACGCCGCACCCCUGGCCUGGGACCUCUCGAGACUCACGCUGCCCAGCAGUGACCGCGGCCCCAGCAAGGCCAUGCUCACGUCGCUUGGCCUCAAGCUGGGGGAUCGCGUGGUAAUCGCAGGACAGAAGGUUGGAACAUUAAGAUUUUGUGGAACAACUGAAUUUGCUAGUGGACAGUGGGCUGGCGUCGAAUUGGAUGAACCUGAAGGAAAAAACAAUGGAAGUGUUGGGAAAGUCCAGUACUUCAAAUGUGCCCCCAAAUAUGGCAUUUUUGCACCCCUGUCAAAGAUCAGUAAAGCCAAAGACAGAAGGAAGAGCACCCUGCACGCAUCCUCCGCCAAAGCGGUGCCUCUCCUCAGAUCCCAGAAGGUGGAUGUGGCCCACGUGACAUCCAAGGUCAACUCCGGAUUAGUGACAUCAAAGAAAGAUAGCGCCGCCUCGGAAUCCACACUUCCGUUGCCUCCUGGUGAAGAAUCGAAAACUAUAACGGAGAAAGAUGCCACCCUGCUUGGAUCCCUCAGCAGCUCCUCGUCCCUGUCUUCUCUGGAACACAAACAGAGCCACCCCAAGAAACCGAAUGCAAGUGGCAAUGACAAGAAGACAAUGAGCAAAAGCUCUUCCACUUCUUCUAGAGCCAGUGCUGGUUUGAAUUCCUCAGCAACAUGUAUAGCAAAUACCGCCCGCAGUGGGGAACUGCGCCUUGGAGAUAGAGUCUUGGUGGUAGGCCAGAGAGUCGGGACCAUUAAGUUCUUCGGAACAACAAACUUUGCUCCAGGUUAUUGGUAUGGUAUAGAGCUCGAAAAACCCCACGGCAAGAAUGACGGCUCUGUUGGAGGUGUCCAGUAUUUUAGUUGUUCUCCAAGAUAUGGAAUAUUUGCUCCCCCCUCCAGGGUGCAAAGAAUCACAGAUUCCCUGGACACACUUUCAGAAAUUUCUUCGAAUAAACAGAAUCAUUCUUAUCCUGGUUUUAGGAGAAGCUUCAGUACGACGUCUGCUUCUUCCCAAAAAGAGAUUAACCGAAGAAAUGCUUUUGCCAAAUCCAAACCCGCCCUGCGGCGCAGCUGGAGCAGCACCCCGACAGCGGCAGCGACAGCAGCGGGCAUCGUCGAGGGGGGGGUCAAGCUGCACGAGGGCUCCCAGGUGCUGCUCACCAGCUCCAACGAGAUGGGGACUGUUAGGUACGUGGGCCCCACCGACUUCGCUUCCGGGAUCUGGCUGGGACUUGAACUUCGAAGCGCCAAGGGGAAGAACGAUGGCGCGGUGGGGGACAAGCGCUACUUCACCUGCAAGCCCUACCACGGCGUCCUGGUGCGGCCGAGCAGAGUCACCUACCGGGGGAUCAACGGCUCGAAGCUGGUGGAGGAGAACUGCUGAGGGGAACUGAGCUUGUGGAGGCCGCGCGGACAGUAGAGUCCCAGGGCAGGUGGUGCACUUUCUCUAGCCAUGAUUCUGAUUUUGAAAAGGUCGCUGUGUCCUCAAAGCCUCAGAGAGACUCCCUUCAGGCUCUCCAGGCACCAACCCUGAGAGGUGUCACGGUUCUCUAGAACAGUUUCCAAAUCAGCUUUUCUAAAAGCCUCCAUGCUAAAGACUUGGGGAAACUGUGUCGUGGGGUGAUGUAGCUUGCUGGAUUUCCUUUUGGCACAUAGCCCUGGGCUUGCUUGAUGCCCUCACGGUGGCAGGUUUCCCUGCAGCCUUGCUUCACAUCCGAUAUUCGCCUGACCUUUUCCUGUGAAGAAUUUUUGGAGUCCUGUUUCUUUCUGUACUAAGAAGUGCAAUCUGAGAAUGUAUUUUUCUUAUGUUUUGGUAAGAGUGUUUGCCCUUUUCAGGGAAUUGCCUCCCUGCAGACAUUCAGCUGUGGAGUUAGCUUGUUGCCUUUGUGGCAACAACCUCUUGCCUUCCAACACCUAACACAGUUCUUUCUUAACCCAGGCCGCUAACAAUAUGGUUAUCAAGCCAAGACUACAGCAUGGGUCUCUUGACCCUGCGCUGGUUCUUUGCUUUGCAUAAAGGGUGAGAGUUGGUGGCUGCCUCCUUUGGAUGAGCGGAAGGAGUCCAUGAUUAUUAGCUUUGUACAUUGGAGGACAAUGAGAAUUCCUUGCACCUACAUAUUGAACUUCCUGAUUGGAUACUCCAAACACACACACACACACACACACACACACACACACACACACACACACACACCACAAAGCACUUUUCAAACAUGUUGCACUUUCAUCUCUGUGGAGAAAUCGGCCACCCUUCCCUCCUGGGGUUUGGAAAGCAUUAUAAAAUUGUAUUUAAGAGAAAAGAACAAAUUAAAUAUGUUAGAAAGUGUGUAGUAGUUAUUCAUUUGCAACAUUUAUGAUUUCUUGAGUCUGUAAUUCAUAAACUGGUGUGCGUUUGCUGUCGCUGCUGUUGUUGUAUUUAUGAUGGUUAUGAAUUCAGCCUGUUAAAAAGCUACAGAACUGUAUUAUGUUUUUAUUUUCCUUUUGGAGCACAUAUGAACAAACAGGCUUCAGAGCAGAGUGAUAUAACAAUGCAGAGCAUUUGUACUGGGGACGUACAUUGAAGUUUAUGGCCCCUAAGUGUAAAGAUUUAUCUUUUAUUGUGGAUAUUUAGACUUUAAACUACCACAAAAAUAUUGAACAGUUUGCUUUAUAAGAUUAAAAGUAUCCUUCAGGAUGGAGCUUGCUUUGUGCGUAGAAAUAAUAUGUUGAACUAUUUUGCAAUAUACUAUUUAAAAUCUAAAUUCUGUUGCUUUGCUGCCUUUUUUUUUAAAGAUGUGGUAUUUCACACACUGUUGAAACUAUUUUAUUGAAACACAUGUGCAAAAGAAGGCUGCUUUAUAAUCAAGGAAUAUUUUCAUUGAUUGAACAAAAUAACUGUACUACAGUUUGAAAGUAAACUUAUUUUUAUUAUACAUCUUCUUAAAAAAAAAACUCUAUGCCUUAAUAUGAAAUUCACGACAGCACUGAACCUUCUUGUCCAUAAUCCUGCUUGUUAAAUAUAAAAUGUCUGUAUCAGGACAGUAUUGCUAAAACUGAAAUUUAUUUCGAGGACGGAGAACCAGAAGUUCUCACAGUUUGGAUUAGGAGGAGUAAAUCCAUAGACUGUGUGUGUGUACCUAUACCUAGAGAUUAGGUCUUCAUUUGUGGUUUGCUUGUGAAAUGUCAUUCAAAGUUUACCUCUUGAGCAAUAAUAAAAGGGGAGCUGGUUUGGUUUGG